CGUGGACAAUUAGAGCCGUUAAAAAUAUCGUUUAAAAUAUAUAUUUUUUUGUGUUUAAUGAUAGAAUAUAGUAUUGUCAUCAGUAUGACAUAGCUAUACGAAGUUUGCAGUCGAUACGACAUUGGGAAUACGGUUGAAAUUGAGUUACAAGAUUUUUGGAUACGACAACACAUACAAUAUUUGGGUGCGCCGGUGAAACUGGAUGGGGAUGACAGUGAUACUGGAACAAGCAGUGUCGUUGCACGGGCGCAGACUGCAAAGGACGUGGGCCAAUGGGGACUUGGCACGAGGUCUCUGCGCCGUGUCCGCCGCGCGCCGCGAUCACCCGCUCGGCAAAGCGUGAACUAAUUGACGGCAAAGAGUCCAUCUCCUGCGGCCGCCGUGAGCCACACACGCCCCACGAUGGAUGAGAUGAGGCCCGAUGGACGAGACUGUUGAAGGAAUGGCAGCCUGCGAGGACGGGCCACUGCGGAAAGGGAACGGCAGCCAUGGCCAGCAUCACCAUCUCCACCGCCAGGAAGGCCUCGGUGCGCAACUCCGUGCCGCGACAUUCCGCCGGCUUCAGCAGCCGGUCGCUCGGCGGCGGCGGCGGCGGAUGGGGCAGGUUCAGCAGCGUCGGUGGCGCAGGAGGGUUCGCGCGUCGCAGCGCGUUGACGUCCGGGUACCGUGCCGGCUCGGCCGCCUCAAGCUACGGCAGCUACGGCAGCUACGGCUACGGCGGAGCGGGGGCGGCGGUGUCGGCCGCGGCGCUGGCCUGCGCGGCCCCCGUGGACAUCGACCGCUCAGUGCUGCCCACCCGCACCCAGGAGAAGGAGGCCAUCAAGCACCUCAACGACCGCUUCGCCAACUUCAUCGACAAGGUGCGCUUCCUGGAGCAGCAGAACAAGGUGCUGGAGGCGCAGUGGUACGCGCUGCAGGAGAAGACCACGACCGGCUCCAGCAUCGAAGAGAUGUUCGAGGCCUACAUCAACGGGCUCCGGCGGCAGCUCGAUGGCCUGGGCCACGAGAACGGCCGGGCGAACGGAGAACUGCACCAGAUGCAGGCCGUCGUGGAGGACUUCAUGAGCAAGUACGAGGCGGAGAUCACCGCACGCAUUCACAAGGAGAACGAGUACGUCGUCAUCAAGAAGGACGUCGAUGCAGCCCACGUCAUCAAGAUAGAGCUCGAGGCCAAGAUGCAAGGUCUGGUCGAGGACAUCAACUUCCUGCGGGAGAUCUUUGCUCAGGAGCUCAGCGAGCUGGAGGCCCAGAUCAAGCACACCAACGUGCUGGUGGAGAUCGACAACAGCCGCAACCUGGACAUUGACGGCAUCAUCGCCGACGUGCGUCACCAGUACGAGACCAUCGCGGUGCGGAGCCGGGCCGAGGCGGACGCCUUCUACCAGGACAAGUUUGACAGGCUCCACUCGGACAGUGGCAGGAACGACGAUGAGUUGCGAAUCAUCAGGACCGAGAUCAACGACAACAAUCGCCACAUCCAUCGCAUGCGGGCGGAGAUUGACGCCCUCAAGAAGCAGCGCGCCAAGCUGGAGGCGGCCAUCGCCGAGGCGGAGGGACGCGGAGAGGCCGACAUCCGGGAGGCGAAGGCGGCCAUCGCCCAACUGGAGGAGGAGAUCCACAAGGCCAAGCAGGAGAUGGCGCGGCACGUGCGCGAGUACCAGGAGCUCAUGAACGUCAAGCUGGCUCUGGACAUCGAGAUCGUCACCUACCGCAAGCUGCUGGAGGGAGAGGAGUCCAGGCUCAACGUGUACUCGUCACAGAUCGGAGGCAACGCCUCCAGUGUCACCUACAACACGUGCGUCGAUGCCACCCCCUACUACUACGGAGGAGGAGGCAGUUAUUCUGGCACCUCCACCGUGGGACUGUCAGCCUCCACCGGCUACAGCGGAGGCUCCACAUACAACUACACCGUGCCCACAAAGGUGGUGGAGACCAAGCAGUCCAAGAAAAUGGUCGUGAUCAAGACCAUCGAGACCAAGGACGGCCACGUGGUGUCCGAGCAGUCCGAGGUCAUCCGAGACUGUAAAAUGGGCGCCUCUCCACGCCAGAAAAGAGCAGCAGCCAUGUCGGCCAGCAUCAAAGUGUCGACCACCAAGAGGACGUCCACCCGCAGCAGCGCGGGGGGCCCUCGCGUCGUCAGCGGCGGCUUCAGCAGCCGCUCGUUCGGCGGCGGCAUGGGGGGCAGCCGCUUCGGCUCGGGGGGCGGCUCCGCGUUCAGCCGCCGCAGCACGGGGCUCGGUGGCUCGUCGUACCGGGCCGGCUCGGCCGCCUCCAGCUUCGGCUACGGCAGCUACGGCAGCGGCGGCUACGGGGGUGGAGUGGGGGCGGCGGUGUCGGCCGCGGCGAUGGCCUGCGCGGCCCCCGUGGACAUCGACCGCUCGGUGCUGCCCACCCGCACCCAGGAGAAGGAGGCCAUCAAGCACCUCAACGACCGCUUCGCCAACUUCAUCGACAAGGUGCGCUUCCUGGAGCAGCAGAACAAGGUGCUGGAGGCGCAGUGGUACGCGCUGCAGGAGAAGACCACGACCGGCUCCAGCGUCGAAGAGAUGUUCGAGGCCUACAUCAAUGGGCUCCGUCGGCAGCUCGACGGCCUGGGCCACGACAAGGGCCAGCUGAACGGAAACCUGGGCCAGAUGCAGGCCGUCGUGGAGGACUUCAGGGCCAAGUACGAGGCUGAAAUCUCCAUGCGCACGGAGAGAGAGGGCGAGUUUGUCUUUGCCAAAAAGGACGUGGACGGGGCCUACCUGUCCAAGGUGGAGCUCGAAGCCAAACUCGACGGGCUCCAAGAGGACAUCAAUUUCCUGAGAUCCAUGUUUGCCCAGGAGCUCAGCGAGCUGGAGGCCCAGAUCAAGCACACCAACGUGCUGGUGGAGAUCGACAACAGCCGCAACCUGGACAUUGACAGCAUCAUCGCCGACGUGCGUCACCAGUACGAGACCAUCGCGGCGCGGAGCCGGGCCGAGGCGGACGCCUUCUACCAGGACAAGUUCCAGAGCCUGCACUCGGACAGCGGGAGGAACGACGAGGAGCUGCGCAUGACCAAGAACGAGAUCACUGAGCUCAACCGCCAGAUGCAGCGCUUCCGCGCCGAGAUGGAGGCCCUCAAGAAGCAGCGCGCCAAGCUGGAGUCGGCCAUCGCCGAGGCGGAGGGACGCGGAGAGGCCGACAUCCGGGAGGCGAAGGCGGCCAUCGCCCAACUGGAGGAGGAGAUCCACAAGGCCAAGCAGGAGAUGGCGCGGCACGUGCGCGAGUACCAGGAGCUCAUGAACGUCAAGCUGGCUCUGGACAUCGAGAUCGUCACCUACCGCAAGCUGCUGGAGGGAGAGGAGUCCAGGCUGAACGUGAUCACGCAGCACCUGACAUACGGCGGAGGGCAGCAGAUGCUGAGUCAGGGGGGAGGCGUCUACAUGGCCGAGGGGGUCACGGGGGCCACCAUCACCCGCAAGACCACGAGCACCGUCACGAUGUCGUCCGGUGGUUACGGUGGCGGAGUCACCUACGAGACUCUUUGA